AUGCGCCGGCCGGCAGUGGGGAUGGCAAUGGCCCCGGCCCUCGUGCUGGCGGUCCUGGCCGUCGCGGCGGCCACGGCCGUUGCGGCUGACGGAGACGUCAAGUGCGCCGAGUGCGGGACGGGCACGGUGCCUGCGCUGCCUCCGCCGCCGCCGUACUACUACUACAGCCCGCCACCCCCGGCGUCCUACCCCGGUGUGACCGGCUGCCCGCCGCCACCAGGUGGCUACAUCUCGAUCGGGGGCUCGCCGCCGGGCCGCAUGUACCCGCAGGACCCCGGCUUCAUGCCCUCCAGCGCGCCGCCGAUGCACGGGACCAGCUUCGCCGCCGUUCCCUUCAUGGUAUGCGCGCUCGCCGCGCUGGCCACCCUUCGAGCGUUUUGGUGA